AUGACAGGAAUAAGCAAGAGCAUUGUUAUGGAGUUUGUCCUCACAGGACUAACAGAUCGUCCAGAGCUGCAGCUGCCCCUGUUCCUGGUGUUCUUCGUGGUCUGCCUCAUCACCAUGGUGGGCAACCUUGGACUGAUUGCUGUCAUCUGGAGGGACCCUCACCUUCACACCCCCAUGUACUUGUUCCUUGGCAGUUUAGCCUUUGCAGAUGAUUGGUCUUCAUCCUCUGUGACUCCCAAGUUGCUUGUAAAUUUUUUAUCUGAGUAUCAUAUGAUACCUCUGGCUGAGUGCAUCACCCAGUUUUAUAUUUUUGCUUCUAGUGCAAACACAGAAUGUUUCCUUCUGGUAGCAAUGUCCUAUGACCGCUAUGUAGCCAUAUGUAACCCCUUACUUUACCCAGUGGUGAUGUUCAGCAUACUCUGCACAUGGUUGAUAAGUAUUUCAUAUGCAAUUGGUUUUCUAUAUCCCAUAAUUCAUGUAGAAUUAUUGUUUAGAUUAACCUUCUGCAGGUCCAAUAUAAUACAUCAUCUCUCCUGUGAGAUCUUGUUACUAUAUACAAUUUCUUGUACUGACACUUCUAUUAAUGCAUUAGUACUUUUUAUUUUUGCUACUUUUAUACAAGCUUUUACUUUUAUGACCAUCAUAGUUUCUUAUAACCGUGUCCUCUAUGCCAUCCUGAAAAAGAAGCCUGAGAAAGGCAGAAGCAAAGCCUUCUCCACACGCUGUGCCUAUCUGCUCUCUGUCUCCUUGCUCUAUGGCACGCUCUUCUUCAUGUAUGUACGUCCUGGGUCUGGCCGAGAUAAAUACCAGGAUAAAAUGUAUGCACUGUUCUACACGAUUAUAAUUCCCCUGCUAAACCCCUUUAUUUACAGCCUAAGAAACAAGGAAGUUUUAGGUGCACUGAGAAAAGCGAUAAAGUAA